AUGGGUGUGGUGAGUGUUUCUGCUUGCCUUGCCUCUCUACUUAUCUCACUAAUGUGGGUUGCUGAAGCAAGAAUCCCAGGGGUGUACAGUGGGGGUGCAUGGGAAGAAGCUCAUGCCACCUUCUACGGAGGCUCUGAUGCCUCUGGCACCAUGGGUGGGGCUUGUGGAUAUGGAAAUCUCUAUAGCCAAGGCUAUGGCGUGAGCACAGCUGCACUGAGCACUGCCCUCUUCAACAAUGGCCUCAGCUGCGGUGCCUGCUUUGAAAUCAAGUGUGCAAAUGACCCAAACUGGUGCCACUCUGGAAGCCCAUCAAUUUUCAUCACUGCCACCAACUUCUGCCCUCCAAACUUUGCUCAACCAAGCGACAAUGGCGGAUGGUGCAAUCCUCCCAGGCCUCACUUUGACCUGGCCAUGCCCAUGUUUCUCAAGAUUGCCGAGUACAGAGCUGGAAUUGUCCCUGUUUCUUACCGUAGGGUGCCAUGCCGCAAGCGCGGAGGGAUCAGGUUCACAAUCAACGGCUUCCGUUACUUCAACCUGGUUUUGGUAAGCAACGUCGCGGGUGCAGGGGACAUCGUGCGGGUGAGCGUGAAAGGAUCCAAGACUGGCUGGAUGAGCAUGAGCCGUAACUGGGGUCAAAACUGGCAGUCAAACGCCGUUCUGGUUGGUCAAUCGUUGUCCUUCAGGGUCAGAGGCAGUGACAGGCGCACUUCCACCUCAUGGAACGUUGUUCCGGCCAAUUGGCAGUUCGGUCAAACAUUCACCGGGAAGAACUUCAGAGUCUGA